AUGAUGAAGGAGAGAUUCGCAAAGCUUCUCCUUGGCGAGGACAUGUCCGGGGGCGGAAAGGGGGUCUCGUCCGCUCUGGCGCUGUCAAACGCCAUCACCAAUCUUGCUGGUUCGUCGAGUUCGGCAUCCAUAUUUUAUACAGUUCCUUCUCAUCUAAUCGUGCAUAUAUAUAUACCUUUCGGUGGCCUCCAGUCCAUUGAUUCCCUUUGCUCCAGCUUCCAUUUUUGGAGAGCAAUGGCGACUGGAGCCCAUGUCCUCUGAGAGAAAAGCUCGUUGGAGGAAAGAAAUCGAUUGGCUCCUGUCCGUCACAGAUCACAUCGUGGAGUUUGUCCCUUCUCAGCAGAAAUCCAAAGACGGCAUAAACAUGGAGGUAGACCAGAUAAUCUCCUCUCUAUGCACAACCGAGGCCUGUUUUUCGGUGUCUUGUAAUGUCUUCUUCUUCUUAUUCUCUGCAGAUUAUGGUGACCCGUCAGAGAACAGACCUGCACAUGAACAUCCCCGCAUUACGAAAGCUUGAUGCGAUGCUCAUUGUAAGAUCUGUUACAGUCUCGUAAUCUUAUUGGAGAUGGAUGAAUGGAUGGAUGGAUGUAUGCUAGAAUAAUUAACAUGGAUAAUGCCGCAGGAUUACCUUGACAAUUUCAAAGACCAGAAUGAGUUCUGGUAUGUGACCAAGGACGAAGAAGACGGUGAGGAAGGCCCUCGGCGGAAGGACGACAAGUGGUGGCUUCCCAGAGUCAAGGUCCCCGCGAAUGGACUCUCGGAGGUCUCCCGGAAAUGGCUGCAGUUCCAGAAGGAGUCCGUCAACCAGGUGCUGAAGGCAGCCAUGGCCAUCAAUGCUCAGAUCCUAUCCGAGAUGGAGAUCCCUGAAGCUUACGUAGAGUCCUUGCCCAAGGUUGCCGGAAACCCUAAGAUUUAUCUGAUCUCUAACGAGUUAAACCCAGCCCUGACCUGCUCUGGUGUCAACAGAACGGGAGGGCGAGCCUCGGAGACUCCAUCUAUCGCGGUAUCACGUUGGACUCCUUCGACCCUGAGCAGUUCUUCUCGACGGUGGACAUGUCAACGGAGCACCUUGUACUGGAUCUCAAGAACCGCAUCGAGGCCUCCAUCGUGAUCUGGAAGAGGAAGAUGACCAACAAGGACGGCAGGUCCUCAUGGGGCUCGGCCGUCAGCCUGGAGAGAAGGGAACUGUUCGAGGAAAGGGCGCAGACGAUACUCCUCAUGCUCAAGCAUAGAUUCCCCGGGAUACCUCAAUCUGCCCUGGACAUCAGCAAGAUCCAGUACAAUAUGGUAAGCAUCUUGAAGCGUCCAGUUGAAAAACUCUCCCCGCUUAGCUCCUCUGGAACUUAACCAGAGAUCUCUCUCUUUCUAUGCAGGACGUUGGGCAGGCCGUCCUGGAGAGCUACUCGAGGAUCUUAGAAAGCUUAGCCUUCACCGUCAUGUCGCGGAUCGAAGACGUUCUCUACGCGGACUCACUCACCCAGGACCCGUCCCCGGGGGAUGCCAAGGGGCGGACGUCGUCGUUGGCGGCGGAACCCGUGAAGCUCCUCACCGCCGCCGAAGAGGAGGCGAAGAGGACAAGUUGGGCAGAGCCCCCGACGUCGAUGACGCUGUCCGACUUCAUGGGCUGGCACCUGGAACAAGAGACGGAGGGAGAGAAGAAGCAUCCCGAUGGGAAGCAGGAGACGACCAACUCCCUUGACAAGGCACCCCUGGCCAAACCCGCCGACAUUGUGACCACCAAGAGGUUUUCCUACAUAGAGAAGCUUGAGAACCUUGGGGGAUUGAGGAGCCCGACGGCGCGGCACUGA